AUUUUAAAAUUUCAUUUUAGAAUGUUAAAUAUUAGUGCGCAUUUUAAAUUAAUACGAAAAACAACAGCCUUAAUAAUGGGUAUAUUAAGAAAAAGAAAUAUUUCAAAAAUAUUAUCAAUAAUUGUUGCCAUUGCCAGUAUUGUAUUUGUAAUCUGGAACAAAUGUUUGAACGAAAAUAUACCAAAUUUAGUGAAGGAUAUAAAUGAAAUAAAUUUAAAAGAAUUUGAUUAUAUCAUAGUCGGAGCUGGUACUGCUGGAUCUGUUGUAGCAUCUACUUUAAGUGCAAACUCGAACUAUAGCGUACUAUUAAUUGAAGCAGGAUCUACAUUUAAUAUAUUGACUUCAAGUGUUCCAAUAUUUGCAACUUUAUUACAAAAAUCAAAUAAUGAUUGGAAUUUAUUGACCGUUCCUCAGAAAUAUUCAUCAAAAGCUAUUUAUGAACAGCGUCAAUGCUUGCCAAGGGGUAAGGGUCUUGGAGGAUCAUCCCAAAUGAAUUUUAUGCUUCAUUUCGGUGGUCAUAAAAAAGAUUUUGACAUCUGGAAAAAAUGUGGUUUAACAGAUUGGGAUUACGAAACUAUUCAAAAGUAUCUUAAUGAAUUUGAUAAUUUUAAUUCAUCACAUUAUCAAAAUUUGCCACCGCAAAAAAAUCAUAAUUCUCGUACAUUAGAUAUUUGGAAAAUACCUAAAAAUUAUUCAAAAUUAUCAGAAUCUUUUGAAAACCUUCAAGCUGAAUUUAGAAAUGAGAAUCUAAAUUUUCAUUUUACUGAGUAUACAAUAAAAAAUGGAAUAAGAUCUAAUGUUUAUCAAAAGUUUUUACGACCAAGUUUUAAAUUUGAAAAUUUAAAAAUUUUGAUAAAUGCUUACGUUGAUAAAAUUAAUUUUGAUAAAAAUAAAAGGGCUUCAAGUGUUAACAUUAAAAUGAAGGAUCAGGAUGGAACAGCGAUUAAAGUAUUAGCCCGAAAAGAGAUAAUAAUAUCAGCUGGGGCCUAUUUGACUCCUGGAAUAUUGCAAAGAUCUGGUAUAGGAUCAAAGCAUCUUUUACGUAAAUUGAAUAUACAAAUGAUACAUGAAUCUCCAAAAGUCGGUGAAAACCUUUAUGAUCAUAUGACUUUUCCGUUAUUUGUUUCAAUUAAAGAGAGAGCUAGUGCAACAAUUGAUAAAAUUUUAAGUUCUCGGGAAAUAUGGAAAUAUAUAACUACGGGUGAAGGGUAUUUUGGUAAUAUUGGUGUUAUUGGUACAAUUUCAUCAUCAAAUGAAUCAUUUGGUAUUAAUAUUUUUGGUGCUGGUAGCGUUGAUGAACGAUUUCUAAUGGAAAUAUCGAAUUUUAAAGAAAAUUCAUUUAGAUCAGUUUUUCCACUUUACUAUAAUACAAGCCAAGAAGGUUUUGUAGUACUUACAAGUUGUUAUCAACUUAAAAGCCGAGGCAAUAUAAAAAUAAAUAGCACAAAUCCCUUUGAUCCACCAUUAAUUAAUCCAAAUUAUUUAAAAGAAAAGUAUGACAUUGAUUGUAUGAUUAAAGGUGUAAGAACAGCGGUCAGAAUUAUUGAAUCAAAAUCAUUUCAACAACUAAAACCUAAAAUACAUUGGGCUAAAAAUGAAGAAUGCAAGGAGUAUGGUCCAACUACAAAAGAUUUUAUAACAAAUCAACCAAGUGAUAAAUAUUUAGAAUGUUUAAUGAGAGAGGUUGCUUUAAAUUCACACCACCCUGGCGGAUCAUGUUCGAUUGAAACACUUUAUGAUAAAACUUCACCAUUGGAUCAAUAUUUUAAAGUAAAAGGUGUUGAAGGUUUAAGAGUAGUUGAUGCUAGUAUUUUGCCAACACCGAUUUCAGGAACACCAAAUUCAGUUUUAAUUGCUAUUGCCAAAAGAGCUGCACAUUUAAUAUUAGAUUAAACAUAAAUAUUUUAUUGGAUUAAUUUGUUUUGAACUAAAGGUGCUUAGAUAUUGUUUUGUUUUUUUGUCAUAAAAUGGUAUGUAUAUUGUUAUAUUUGUGAUAAUAAAUUAUUAUGUGGAUUCUAA